GCGAGCGUCAGUGACUUACAGAAUGAACCCACCGUGCCAAAACGCUGUCACGCCGUACGGACUGCACUCCUCCGUGCGAUGUUUAAAACUAUUUUUCAUCAGAAAGUGAAUACAAUUUUUUAAAAAUAAAAUCAAUGAGAGCUGAGCUUUCCGCUCGGUACAGUCUACAGACACAAAAGAGACUCGUCAGUUUCGAAGCCGUAUUAUUUACCCACUAUGAAAAUGGAAAGAAAAAACGCGUGGAUUCUUUAUGUAAGCAAUUUAUUCGCACUUAUUGCAAGACGCAGUAUUAUAUUUUUGGUUUGGUCUGUCAGUACCGAAACAUGUCCUUAUCCGUGCACCUACUUUGAGGAUUCGGGUAAUGUUACUUGUCUGGAUUCCCAAGAAAUCGAGCUACCGCUUGUUGUACCCCAGUGGACCAACACGUUAAUUCUGAGGGGAAUCAACAUCUCAGCUCUACCUGAGAGUGCAUUUUUAGUGAACGGGACGGAUUUGGAAUUUAAGACACUGCAAUUAUCUUGGAACAACAUACGUGUAAUCAAAGCAUAUGCGUUUCGCGGACUCUCGCGACUUCAACGCUUGGAUUUGAGUCACAACAAACUAGAGACCGUUUCAGCGUUGGCUUGUGGUUUGGAAGACCUGCGUUUUCUCUAUCUAAAUAACACUCUAAUGAGUUCUGGCGCAAGGAAUUUGACGAUGUGCGCUGUCACGGGAUGUCUGCGAAAUCUUCAGAGACUGGAUUUGUCAGGAAAUCGCUUAAAGGCAAUACCUAUUGCACGGUUUGACAAUCUUAACUUAAAUACGUUAGUACUAACUAACAAUUCUAUCGAGAAUAUUGGAGGAAACAACGUUUCAAGUUUUAAUGCAUAUAAAAAAAUAAGAAUUUUCCUGUCAAUGAACCCUUUCAUAUGUAAUUGUGAGCUGCAAGAAUUAUAUUAUUGGUUGCAAAAUGACUCUCAGUGCGCAGAUUCCAGUCGUCUACUUUGUGCGCUACCAGAGACAAAGAGGGGAUUACCUGUGGAGAAACUUCUUAUGGAGGAUAUCAAUUGCAUCAACGCGGAAUUAGAAACGGUUUCUUACGUGUUUCUUGGCAUUGUGUUGGCUUUGAUUGGGGUUGUGUUCCUAAUGGUCCUGUACUUGAACAGAGGAGUUAAAAGGUGGAUGAAUAACAUUAGAGACGCGUGCCGUGACCAGAUGGAAGUAUAUCAUUACAGAUAUGAACAGGACUCCGACCCUAGACUGGAAACGUAGCUGUUUAGACAGAAUGUUGGCGUACCAUGCUUGAACAAGAUAAUAGCUGGAUUGUACUCUCUCACAGAUGUCAAUUAAGGCACUGAAUUCGUUCGGUUCACAGUCUUGACUAAUGCAAUGACCUUUUAAAAAUAUAGUACAUAGACUACCAUUACUUGUUCAAAUAUGCAGUGUAAAUAAAACAAUGCACAGAUGUAGUUUACGUCUUACAUUUCUCAACAAAA